CCAGAGCUCUGCUCCUUUGCCCACCAGGGAUGGUGGGGAGAGGGCGCUCACUUCCUGCUUUGUUAGAAAGUCCAGGAAGCGGGUGCCCGGAGCUUGGAAGGCGGGAGAGGAGGGGUGGCCUGCGGAGGUCAAAGUUCGGCAGCCUUAAGCACUUGGCCUCACCCUGAGCGCCUGGAUGAGCGACCCCGGCGAGGAGAAGGAGGGAUGUGCUGGCCCCUUUCCGAGGAGGGGGCCGGCGGUAGGAACCAGGGCCGGAAGUUUCUUGAGUGACCUACAGGAAGAGGGCAAAAGUGCCAUCAACUCGCCAUUGUCUGCUGCCUCCGUGGAUGUCCACCCUGAAGACACCCAGCUCGAGGAGAACGAGGAGCGCACGAUGAUCGACCCCACGUCCAGGGAGGACCCCAAAUUCAAGGAGCUGGUCAAGGUUCUCCUGGACUGGAUCAACGAUGUCCUGGUGGGGGAGCGGAUCAUCGUGAAGCAGCUGGAGGAGGACCUGUACGACGGUCAAGUGCUGCAGAAGCUCCUGGAAAAACUGGCGGACCGGAAGCUGGACGUGGCCGAGGUGACCCAGUCCGAGAUAGGGCAGAGGCAGAAGCUGCAGACCGUGCUGGAAGCCGUGCAUGACCUGCUACGGCCGCGCGGCUGGGCGCUGCGAUGGAGCGUGGACUCCAUCCACAGCAAGAACCUGGUGGCCAUCCUCCACCUGCUCGUCUCCCUGGCCAUGCACUUCCGGGCCCCGAUCCGCCUUCCUGAGCUCGUGUCUGUGCAGAUGGUGGUUGUCCGGAAGCGGGAAGGCCUGCUCCACUCCAGCCACGUCUCAGAGGAGCUGACCACGACCACGGAGAUGAUGAUGGGCCGCUUUGAGCGGGACGCCUUCGACACGCUCUUUGACCACGCCCCGGACAAGCUGACCGUGGUGAAGAAGUCGCUCAUCACGUUUGUGAACAAGCACCUGAACAAGCUGAAUUUGGAGGUGACAGAGCUGGAGACCCAGUUUGCAGAUGGUGUGUACCUCGUCCUGCUCAUGGGCCUUCUGGAGGACUACUUUGUUCCCCUCCAUAACUUCUACCUGACCCCAGAGAGCUUCGAUCAGAAGGUGCACAAUGUGGCCUUCGCCUUCGAGCUGAUGCUGGACGGGGGGCUGAAGAAGCCCAAGGCUCGGCCUGAAGAUGUGGUGAAUCUGGACCUCAAAUCCACCCUCAGGGUGCUGUACAACCUCUUCACCAAGUACAAGAACGUGGAGUGACAGGAGCGGCGGAUGACUUCGGGGAUGGUUUCUGGGCAGCGGGAGCGGGGUCUGUGCUUCUGGCCCUGGGCUUCUGUUCCAGUUGGUUGUUGUUCCUUACCUCUUCUCCUUGUGACUGCCAGGGCCUUUGAAAAUGCACUGCUUGAGGCCCCAAUUCCCAGGCUGCUGAGUUAGUUGUUGUUGGUCUCGAUCAAAAACUAAAAAAAGAAAAAACCCGGCCCCCACCAGACCCAGCCUCAGACCCAGGGCCCUGCUGGUGUGCUCUGUGAUGGAGCAGUUAGCAACCUCAGGUCCUCGCUCGGCCCAGUGCCACCGUCGCUGUCACUGCUGUGUAGGCACAGACUCCUCAGGGACUCUGCCUGCCUGUCUCUGGGGUUCCCCUGGGAUGGGCCCUCCUUGGAAGUAGGGCCUUUUUAGAAAAGGUUUUUCUAGUUUAAAAAAACCUCCCUGUCAAAUCCCUGAAGCUGUGGAUACGACCUGAGUUUCCUCUCCACUCCUGUAGCUUUUUGGGUGUCUCUUAUUUUGACUGAUCUUUUGCACAAAAGAUGACUGGCUCCCCCGGCCCAAGGAGGCAGCAGGUGUGGAGAGCAGGCCUUGGUUUCUUAUGUGGCUCAGGGGCUGGGCCCGGAGCCGGCUGUGAAGGUGUCCUGGACAUGGCUUGGGGCCCUUCGUGGGGACAGACGCAUCUGCAGAGACUACGCCAGGGCUUUGUGGCAGAGCACCGCAGGCCGGCCGGCUUUAGCCGAGAAUUCGUGGCUUGCAGCUCUGGGGUCUGCGGGGCCGGUUUUUGCCGAGGCUCCCUCUAGGCGAGCUUCUUCCCCGGUUCACAGUCUUCACCCUGUGUCUGGCCCUCACCUUUUCUUAGAAGACACCGGUCCUCCCGUGGUGAGACCCAUGCGUAGGCCCUCACCCCCCAGUGAGCUCCCUGAAGACCCAUCUCCAAGUGCACAUGCAACUGGGGAUCCGGGACCUCAGCCUGCGAAUUUGGAGGACACAACUCAGCCCAAAAAGGGGACACGUGAAGUAUUCACCACGCUGUCCCCAGAGUGAGGUGGCAUCUCCCUCUGGAGUGUCGUGCAAAAAGAAAUAUUGUCACUCACAUGUGGCCUGCUCACCCCUGGCUCACCUUGGCUCCGGAGAGAAAUGGGUUCCAUCGGCUGCACUUCCUUGGUGGACCCUGCUCUCCGGUGUCCUGCCCUGUGGACGGUCCCUGCCACAUUCUCCCAGAUCCCUCCGGCCCCUGGGGACUCGUGCACGGCCAGCCCUGCCCUGCACACUCAGCAUUCGCAGAAGUGAGACCAGAUGGGCUUUUCCAGUCUUUCCGAUCCCCACCUUCCCGCAAUAGAUCAGAGCUGCAGAAUGAGUUGUUCAUAGCAAAUCGAAUGCCAGCGUGAAGUUUGAAGAAACAGUUUAAUAUCCUUCCUCUUACCGCUGUUGCUAGGCUGGGGAAGGGUUCCAAAUAACCAUUCUGUUGGAGGUGGUUUCCCAGCAGGAGCAAGAAAUAAUUAAAACGGCAUUAGAGAGUCUCCUUGGGAUGCGGUGACAUUCGAGAGCCGCGGUGACAAAAUACUCAGGGCUAGAACAUUCUGUGCUGCCUUGGUUCCACGCACCGAACCUUUCUGGCCUGCGUGUUCACAGGCAGGCUGGGGAGGGGGCACCCAGAGGAGGGAGGCCACAGUUUCCAACAGAAGCAAACAGCCCUGUCCUAUUCUGACAUGUGGAUAUCCGGAUGUCCUGGCAGCUCCUGUCCCAUGAACACAGGCCCAAGCUCAUGUCCCCUGAAAAUUCUUCUGUCCCAGUGAGACAGCACCCAGAUCGUAAAACAAGCAGGGCAGCUGUGACUGGGCACUGGCUUCACACUAGGGUGGCAGGAGGCUGUGUGCACGGCGUCGCCUGGACAGGAGCUCUGGAGCUGGGCUUCACUGUGCCUUCCCUGAGUGCCCACAGGCUUGAAAAAAAGAAAAGUCACCCAGAUGGGAGGCUCUGCAGCCGGACGCCCCGAGCCCUGGGCCUGCCUACACGGGGCAUGCUGGAGUCCCUGCGUCCCAGCAGCCGUGUGACGGCUUCUGAGCGUCCCUGGGUUCUUAGUCUGGGGAAGCUUGAGAGCCUCCUUCCAUCUCGGAUGCCUCGUUUUUGUGAUUUUUUUUUUUUUCACUUUUUUCUGAAGCGGGGCCUGGCCCACAGGAACCAGGUGACGUCAAGGUCAUUGUGUCCAGUGCUAGGGGCUGAGCCUGGACAACCCUGAGACAGCUCCCAUGCCGGCCUCCUCGGGGCGGCUCUACGGCUGUCCCCACCUUGGCAAGUCCUCCUGCAGCCCCAGACUCCACCCCACACGAUAUCGUGUGAGCACCGAGCCCAGGGCCCCACGAUGUCCUAAUUGGUUGCAACAAAGAAUGAUUUGAUUCCAGAAACAGCUGAAUCCUCUUUUCCCCCUCUGUGUGCCAGUAUUUUAUUACCCUUUUAAUUGUUUGAAGCAACAUUUACUUUGAAUUUCUGAGUAUUAAAUAAAAGCCACUAAAACCCCGGCCGCGCUUUGAUCAGAACGGCCUGGCUGACAGCAGGAAGCCACAUCGCGGCACAUGGUGGCAUGAGCCCAGCGCUUCCAUGCCAGGGACACAGGCUGGGGAGACGCCACAUGGUGUGCGUCAGGGUGUGCCAUGGUUUAUUCCAGUAAAGGACGAGGGAGCACCAGGCCCACCCUGUGCUGGGCUGCAGGGUUCUGAUCCAGAACUGGCCGAUGCUCCUGGCCACGCACAGGCUGGAGAGCACUGCUGCAGGGAGAGGGCCCUGUCCCCUCUCUGGAAGGCACAAGAGGUCACAAAGCCCUGGGUACUGACACACGAAUGACUGCCCUGAUGCUUUAGGGUGAGCGACCCUGGGUGGCCUGCAGGGCGCCCUGACCUCGUACUCUACUCCGGCCCUGCUGCAGCCUACGUGAAGUUUCUGGUGCACAGAACUUCUCUGUACGAAGCACGCUAAGACUGUGGCCAGUCUGGAAUGACUUGGACAGCAAUGGAGAGAUGCAAAACAAACAAAAAAAAACCCAGAACCAACUAAAGAUGGCAAGCUGUGUCUGGAAAGAAACCAGGCUUCUGACAAAGGCUUGGAUUUGAACCCAGCUUUGUCACUGUGUGACUCGAAGAACCCAUGUCUUCCAGCUCAGGGCUCUGAGGGCCAAAUCCAUGCCACCCAAGCUAGUGACCCCCAGCCCUCCGCCCUUGGGGAGGGUGUGGCAAUAACUGCAGACAGCCUGGGAUGGCAGUGCCCAGGGAGGGUG